UUUUGGAUUAGGUUAUAUGGGUACGGGUGCCCUUGUGAGAAGUCAUAGAGAGGACAGCAGGGACAGAGCGUGACUGAAGAGCUUGCAGCAUGAGAAAUUAUCGGGUCCUGGGGCAACAACUGCUGAGAACCUUUUCCAGCUCCAGUAGGAAUCAGGUUCAGAACCGUGUGCUUGAAAAACAGAAGAUAUUUCAGGCAAAUAAUGACCUACCUGUUCACCUAAAAGGAGGAUCAGGAGAUGCCAUUUUGUACCGAAUUACAAUGGCAAUCAGCAUUGCAGGGACCUGUCUUUCAAUCUUCCAGCUGUUCAAAGCAGCUCAACCAAAGAAGGUGAAAUGACCUUAUUUCCCUGGAUCAUGAAUUAAACCAGGACUGAAGAGCUCAGGAGGGAAAAUUUUCAAUUAAAAUGCAAGGCAUGUGCA